AACGGUGAAAACGAUAGGACGACUGGAAAGCAUUGAAAUAGGUUUACUUAGCUUACAUCCACAAUGCUCUAACCAUGCAACUGAAUGUCCUUGAUUUAAUGUAUGCUGAAGACGUACCUGCUAGUGAAAAUGUAAGAGGUUUACAGGGGCUUGCGAAUACAGAUUCGAUGGAUUACAGCUGUAUCAGGAAUGCAGAAACGUUCACGCACGCACGAUAUAUCACUUUGUGUACACACUAAAACAGCGAAAAGUGAAGACUAUAUAAAUGUGGCUGAUGGUAAUGAACCAUGCUCGCAAAUGUGCAAUUUUCAUUCAGAGCGCCUAAAAUUAAUAUAUAAGCUUGUAAAACUGAAAAAGAACUUCAGCGUGGCUGCUCCUCGUAGCGGUACGUGCACGUGGCACGAGGUAAAAAAAAAAAAAAAGAUGGGAGCAUAUUUUUCGAGCGCAUUUGGGAAAAAUGAUAGAUCACACUCCAUUGUAGUCCUUAGGUCCGUGUACAAUAAGAAGUUUUCUUAGAACUGUGGAAAAUAGCGCUUGGAGGACACAGCGAUAACGCAAACUUUGCAUCAGCACCGUUCUUCCGGCCUUUUUUUGUCUAAAAGAGGCGAAGAAUGAAAUUGGUGUUCGCAGCACUUUUUCUUCUUUCAACGUGCUGCAUGCGGGGCAAUUCUGGAGGAUGGGGAUGCCCUGAUUACCCCACCAUUUGCGAUUUCCUUUGCAAAGUAAAACUAUUUGCAUUUGGCUACUGCGAUAACGAGAAAGAACGCGACGGUUGCCAUUGUGUUAAUGCAACAACAUAUGAAAUUGAAGACGGCGAGCUUUCGGAGAAGUAUUUGAACGAUUCUGGAAGAUAUGUGAAAGUCUUACAAGGUAACGGAUGCCCGAAGAUUUUUGACUGUGCUGUUAUUUGCCUUCUAAGCGGUGGAGAGUUCUCUAUAUGCGGUAGAAACGCCCCAUAUCGCUGCUACUGUUACCUCAAACUCCGGUCAGUGGCGCCGCCUACAGCGAUGUCUACAUCUACAACGACUGCACGACCUUUGACAGUGCGGCCUUCGGACUAUGUCCGAAAUCAGGUGUGUCCCAAGGGCGGACCUGUAUGCGAACUAUAUUGCCAGCUUGAAGGAAGCCCCUUUGGUUACUGCCUUCCUGGAAGAAAUUACUGUCACUGCGUUAGCCCGCAAUUGCAAGAGGUUGCUGGCGCCGACUCAUCGUACAAGUACUACCUUGACGAAGGACGGUAUGUUAAACAAUUGAACGGCACAUACGGCUGUCCAAAGUUGUCCAACUGUGCUAUUACUUGUCUCACAUUACACAGCGCCGUUCAUGCAGUUUGUGGCCGAAACCCACCACAUCUCUGUUACUGCUACAUAAAUCGACAUAAAUGACUCACUGGAGUUUGAAGACGGAUCGAUGGCAGGCGACGGCCGGUUUCUGCCCUACCUGCAGAGGUUCAGAAUUGGAGAAAGCAGUGUUAUAUCUGUGGGAACGAUGCAAACUCGUAUGACCAUCACUUUGAAAAUUGUGUAAGAACUUGAAUCUGCCGAGACUAAUUAAAAAUUACAUUCUGGCAUCUGUACAGUAGGAAAACAAUUAAACUCAUAAAGGACAAACACGCACUUUGUAAUUUGGAGGAGAUGGUAGAGAACGUAAUAAAAAUAUUUAGUAAAAAAUACAAAAUUGUAUAGAUAUAAAGCAAAAGGAACAAGAAAAAAAAGAUAAAAGUUACUUUGACUCUGUUUUGCAUAAAUAAAGGGGACAAAAAUCUCAGCAUAUAUCAAUGAAGAGCAAGGAUUGAGAACAUCAGACAGCCGAUAAAUCAUUACGCCUCAUUACAUCUAUUUCACUUUUCGACAAUGGCUUAAGAUAUACGGCAUUCAUCCUGAAAUAUUAAUAUAUCAUUCUCGCGAAAGACUGACGACUAAAAUUUGUAUAAUCUCUUUCAUCAGCCCUUAUUAGGCAGUACAAUGGAUAAAUAUCAGAGAUAACGCUAUGAUGGCCACGGCUACCACUGAAGUCAGAACAGGAGUAUUAUCUGUGAAUUCUCUGACAGAUUCAGCAUGAUAGCUACGGCCAUUACCGAAGACAGAGCAGUACUACCGUGUGUGAAUUCUUUGACAGAUUUUGUAUGACAACUACGGCUGCCACUGAAGUCAAAUUAUUAUUCAUAUUAUCAUUAUACAUUAAUCUGCGGUAAGACGGCUGGACCAUCACCGUAAAAAUGAACACGAAAAUCAAACUAAAACUUCCUAUUCCAUUCGACCUUCAAAUAUGAAACAAAAAGUGUUACCUCAAAAUCUUACAACGCAGUGACAUCUUCAAACAGGCAUUCAAAAUAUAUUCUAACACAAUCUAAAAAUUCCAUCAUCUCCAAUCGAUGUACUUCUUUAUUAAAUAAAACGUAUAUCUGUAUCAAGCUUGGUAGCCAUUUAAACCUCAUACUUGAAUAAAAUGGUGAAAAUACCAAGGCAAUAAAAGAGAAAAACACGUUAUAUCAAUGUUUUAAAGAAAAGAAAACAACAGAGGAAAGAAACAAGAAACAAUGAAAGAGAAAACAAUGUAUAAAAGAUGGAACAGCACCAUUAACAAAAUCCAAUAUAGAAGCUAUGAUAAACCUUCAAGAAAACAAAGAAAAGAAAGAAAAGAACACAAAAACAGAAAAUACAAACUAGAACAAAAGAAUGAAAUGUUAUAUCAUUGUAUUCCCAUUCUCAGGUCAAUGUAUGUUAAGUUAUGAACAUAUCAUUGGAAGCGCCUCUGCAGGCUGUGGAAACUAGUAAAGUGGGGCAAAUAUUGCAAAAAAAAGGCAAUUUGCGCAAAUCAAGAAGUUAUAACAACACAAUACAGAAGACAUCAGCAGCAAAAGGCAUCGCAACACAAAACAGACAAGAGUGAACAGAGUUAUAACAACACAAGACAGAAGACAUCAGCAGCAAAAGGCAUCGCAUCACAAAACAGACAAGAGUGAACAGAGAAGCCAACAGAAGCAUCGUCAACAGAAGACUGUAUCCGGAUAAUGUACGUCAAGAAAACCCCACUUGGAAUAAUAUCCUUUCUGUAAGUUUGCACGGAGCACAAAAAAGAAGAAAUCCUGUGAGUCAAGAUAUCAAGCCAUGUCAUGUAUGAUCAAGUAUAUACAUUUUUUUCAAUAAAUCCAGCUGCCGCCAUU